CUUUAAACUAAACUCCUCUCUCAUACACACAAAAAUUAAUAAUUCCACACAUUCUAUCUAUCAUCAUCACUCUUGUCUCUCUCUCUCACACACAUUACACAGUCUCUGGGCCUUUUGAACUUUUUAACCUUAUGUAUUAACACCUUUUUUCACUAGGAUUCCCUGAAAAAGCCUAGGGUUUCUUCACCCAAAAUAAGAAAUGAUAGAGAAGAGGUGAAGAAGAAGAAGAAUCAAGAUUUGUUUGCAAUACACUCUGUUUUCCCUGUUUUUCUAACCACUAGACGGUUGUGUUUUAACUGAUUUUCUUAAUGGUCAUUGUAACCCAGUUAAAGAUGGAAACUUUGUGAUUGUUCAAGUCAAAAAAGUGCGAGUCUUGUGUCUAUAUUUAUUGGGGAUUGCUUUUUUGGAAACGUACAUGUGAAGCAAAUUACUGUGUUUUUUUUUGUUUUUUGUCUUUUUGGUUUCUUAUCUCAUCUAACAACUGCCACUCUCCAUUUAUUACUGCGUGAAGAUGGAAUCUUCUGGAUCUUGUCUUUACUUGUUUUUGCUACUUGGGUGUUUGGAUUUGACGAAUUUAUGAUCUGGGUUUUGUUUUAUAUGACACAAAAGGGGGUUCUUUAGUGAGAUUAGCAGAUAAUGACUGUUAUUCAUGAUAUGGUGAUUUCACAGGUUUGGUCAAAUGAGUUGUUCUCAUAUCAAAAGGAUGGGUACCAAUAGCAAUUUUUGGUAAUUUGGGGUUUGGGUGUUGUAGUUCUGUUCAGUUAGGUGUGUAAAUUUAGUUUAGUAAUGGAGGACAUUGGGUUAUUUAAACAAGCUUGGAUGUGGCUGCAAUCGAAGAAAGAUUGUUAUUCGGUUGUAAGGACAGCUGCUGGCUGUUUUAGGGAUAAAGUUGGAAUCUUUAAUGAGCGGAUUUGGCCAAUUGUUUGCUGUGGGUGUGCAAUACUAGGAAAAUUGCUCUUUAUCUUGUUCAGAUACUGGAAGGAUUGUUUAGUAAGGGGCUGUAAAUCGUUCUUUGCACUUGGAUCCGCGGCAUUGCUCCUUAUUAUGUGGAGCUGUUUUCUAAGUUUGACAUCAUUGUCUUGUCUGGUUUACGUGCUCCUUAGUAUGGGUGCUGCAGGGGCUGCUGUUCAGUAUUUGGGUUGCACUCCUGGGCUUUUCAUUGUUGGGCUCUUCGCUAUUUUAGUUUUGUGGAUGUAUGCCAACUUUUGGAUUACUGGUGUAUUGUUUAUAGUUGGAGGUUAUCUGUUUUCAUUAAACCAUGCAAGACUUGUGGUAUUAAUGGCUACCAUAUAUGCUAUGUAUUGUGUUAAAGUUCGAGUUGGAUGGCUUGGAGUUUGUCUCUCAAUAAAUCUCGCUUUCCUCUCAAAUGACUUAGUGAACUACUUACUCCAGUGGUGUGACAAUUUGAGUGAAGGCACACAUGUUGAAGAUUUUAAAGAGUCCGAAACAUUUACUGAGGAUGACUUCUCCACAGAUUAUGAGUCAUCAGUUCCUCUGGAUGAACCUGAAAAGGUUGAAAAAGUUGAAAAGGUUCACGCUUGCAAAACAUUCAGCGACGCUGCUUCUACUUCUACUUCAUCAGUUGUAACCAAACAGAUAGAACCCCCAGCUAAGCCAGUAGUUAGAGAAGAUGCAAGUUCAAUAAUUGAGAUGAAGCGGAUAUUAGAUAGUGCGGAUCAUUAUGAAGCACUAGGGGUUUCUCGGCAUAAGAAAAUUGACACUUUACUGUUGAAAAAAGAAUAUCGUAAAAAGGCAAUGCUUGUGCACCCGGACAAAAACAUGGGAAGUUCACUUGCCAGUGAAUCAUUUAAGAAACUUCAAUGUGGAUAUGAGGUUCUUUCUGAUGCUGUCAAGAAGCGAGACUAUGAUGAGCAACUCAGAAAGGAAGAAUCUAAGAGUGUACUGCAAAAAUCACCUAGCACGUCCAACCAGGAAUCCUCCAACUACUGCUCAGAAGAGUCAAGGCGUAUCCACUGCACAAAAUGUGGCAACUCACACAUUUGGAUCUGCACCAAUAGGACAAAGGUCAAGGCAAGAUGGUGCCAGGAUUGUUGUCAAUAUCACCAAGCCAAAGAUGGGGAUGGAUGGGUAGAAUACAAAGGAUCAUUGGUUUUCAAUCGACCACAAAAGGCGGAGAUACCUCGUGCUUUCGUUUGUGCUGAAGGCAAGAUAUUUGAUGUGUCGGAAUGGGCCAUAUGUCAGGGCAUGGCUUGUAGACCAAAUACACAUAGACCGAGUUUCCAUGUGAACAUGGUUGGAUUAGAGAAAUCAUCCCAGAGAUCCAAUUCAAGUAGGUACCCCUGGGAUUUUGAUGCUGAGAUGACAGAUGAAGAUGAAGAAUUCGAGCUGUGGCUCCAGCAAGCUCUAGCAUCUGGACUUUUUUGUGAGACGCCAAAGCGGAGAAAAACUUGGAGUCCUUUCAAGUUGAAUCAGAUGAAAGGAAAGAAGCAAUGGAGAAGGUCUUCAUGAGUUACAUGCAUCAUAAUCGGUUACGAUGCUCAGAUGCCAUUUUUGUGAUGAUUCAACAUCCACUGCCCCCUAAAAUCAGGACAAAAUGAAAAACGAGGAUAAAAAGACAUGAUGUGAUAUCUUAAGGUUUCAUAUGCAUCAACAUGGAGAUGACCAAACUUCUCAUCAGGGGAGAGCUCAUCUGUUGGUUUGGCUAAACAAGUAUAAAUGUGCUGGUUAGCUGAUCCAUUUGUAUAUAUCAUCCUAAUUAUCCGGCUUGCUUACAACCACCCUUUCCAGACUAUGUGGGAUUACACUAAGAUAUGUUGUAUCCUAAUUAUCCAGCAGCAUUUAUCUAUUGCAACGCCAAGUUUUGAGUUAGAUCCUUUGAAUUGAUUAGGAGGAACAAAACUGAGCAAAUCUUUGUACAUCUGAUGAUCCUGCCUGGACUUGGACUACUUGAGGUGUAAUAAAUUUCAGAGAAAAAAAAUUGUACUCUUCUGUGCAAUGCAGUUGUAGGACAAUUCAUACUGUUGAUCCUGCUCAUUCCACAUAUUUAAACACGAGAUCUACAUUCUUUCCUUCUAAUACCUUUAUGUGAAGUUAGUGGAUUUGGACA